UCCCUUAUCUCGAAACUCAGUGUCGCUUGUCUCCCGAAGAAGAAGUGAUUAUGGCUGUGCAGCACAGCCUAUUUCGCGUUCUUUUGACGUUGUGUUAUGGUUUAGCGGUGAUUCAGGGGGGAAUUGUGCGGAUAAAUGACGAGGAAAAACCGGCACUCACCUGCGGAUAUGCUGGCUGUCCGAAAACUCAACCCGAUAAAUUGAAUGUUCAUCUUGUCCCACAUUCGCAUGACGAUGUCGGAUGGCUGAAGACUAUUGAUCAAUAUUUUUAUGGAUCCCGUCAAGAGAUCCAGAUAGCGAACGUUCAAUCAAUCAUCGAUACCGUGAUCCAGUCGUUGAGGAAAGACCCCCAAAGAAGAUUUAUCUACGUCGAGACCGCAUACCUAUGGAAAUGGUGGAAUCUCCAAGAUGCAGAGGUCCAGCGAGAAGUGAGAAAAUUCAUAAAUGAAGGUCGUCUGGAGAUUAUCGGCGGCGCAUGGAGCAUGAAUGACGAGGCAACGACGCAUUAUCAAUCGAUCAUCGAUCAAUCCACCUGGGGAUUCAGACGGCUGAACGACACAUUCGGCGAAUGCGCGAGACCGAAGAUUGGCUGGCAAAUUGAUUCCUUCGGUCAUUCUCGGGAGCAAGCGUCGAUCUUCGCUCAGUUCGGCUUCGACGCCAUCUUCUUUGCGCGUCUGGAUUGGGAGGACAAGGCCCACAGGUUGAACGAGAAAACUGCCGAAUUCGUUUGGAAGUCUAGUCCCAAUUUAGGUGAAAAAGUGAAUUUAUUCUCAGUGGCAUUAUAUAAUCAUUAUAGUGCACCUUCUGGAUUCUGUUUUGAUAUACUGUGUCGUAACCGCACGUUGGAUGAUCAAUCCGAGAAUGGAAGUAAAUAUACUGAACGCAAGAUUAAAGACUUCUACAGCUACAUCCUGAGACAGGCAUCGCAUUACCAAACUAACAAUAUAAUCCUGACAAUGGGAGACGACUUUCAUUAUCAGCAGGCGGAGAACUACUUCAGUAACAUGGACAAGUUGAUAAGAUACACGAAUGAACUAUACGGUAAAGAGGUCAACGUCUUCUACUCGACCCCGUCGUGCUACGCAAAAUCCUUGAACGAGGCCAACAAAACCUGGACCACAAAAUCCGACGACUUUUUCCCCUACAGUCACAACGAGCGUUCCUUCUGGACGGGCUACUACACGUCCCGUCCAACUCUCAAGUACUUCGAGCGUCUCGGAAACAACUUCCUCCAGGUGGCGAAGCAGCUGAAGGUCCUGUCCAACCAAACAGACGACGAAGAUCUCCAGUUCUUCCGGGAGGUGAUGGGUGUCAUGCAGCACCACGACGCCAUAACAGGAACGGAGAAGCAGCACGUCGCCGACGACUAUGCGAAAUUUCUGCACGAGGCGAUAACCCGAGGAGAGAACAUCACGUCAAAGUCGAUAUCCCAGCUGUCCACCCAAGAACAUCCGGGGAAGCAGGAAGCCUUCAAAAGCUGCCUCUUGUUGAACAUCAGCGCGUGCGAACCCACGGAAAACUCCACGAUCUUCAUCCUGACGUUGUACAACCCCCAGAGUCAGCCAACAUCAACCUACGUUCGGCUUCCGGUCGUAGGGAAGGGCUACAGCGUCAAAGAUCACCUUGGAAUCGAUGUCCCAAAUCAGUUGCUCCCGAUUCCAGGUUCAGUUUCGAAAAUCCCCGGACGGAACAGCAGCGCAUCCAGGGAAUUAGUGUUCCGCGCAGCUGACAUUCCUCCACUCGGCUACCAAUCCUAUCAUAUUUCGGAGAAGGUCGGGGAGAAUGUGACUGAUGAAGUCACUCCAGCAGCUGAGGUUUCCUCAAUCGGAAGGAAUCACAACAUCUCGGUUCAUGAUAACGGGAAUGUUAUCAUAGAAUGGAAGAACCAAGACUUGAGGAUCAUCCAGUCGAUGAACUAUUACGACGGGGGAAAGGUGUUCUUCUCGUCCGGUGCGUACCUCUUCCGGCCGCAGAACUCGACUCUCCACAGCUUCAGCUACAACGGAUCCUUCAGAUUUUACAAAGGGGCUCUAGUUGAGGAGCUGCAUCUAACGAUCAACGACUACGUGAGUGAGGUGGUCCGGGUGUAUGAUCAGGAGGAUAAAGUCGAGGUCGAGUGGAUGGUUGGACCGAUCCCGGUGAACGAUGACGUUGCGAAGGAAGUCGUUGUCAAGUACUCGAGCAAUCUUGAGUCCAAAGGAUGUUUUUAUACUGACAGCAAUGGAAGGGAGAUGCUGAAGAGGGUGAGGAACUCCAGACCCACCUGGAAUAUCAGCAUGCUUUUGGAGCCAGUGGCUGCCAACUACUAUCCGGUGACCACGAAGAUGUCGUUGGUGGACGAGGGCAGGAAGUUGAGACUGAGUGUGUUGAAUGAUCGGGCCCAGGGAGGCAGCAGCAUCAAUGAUGGAGAGCUGGAGGUGAUGUUGCAUAGGAGGUUGCUGCGGGACGAUCGGUUGGGGGUCGGCGAAGUGCUGAACGAAGAGGCUUUCGGAGCUGGUCUUGUGGCGAGAGGAGUUCAUCAUCUUGUCGGAAGUAAUCUGACUGAUCUUGAUGGGGCUGCGGCGAAGGAGAAGUCAGCGGCAAAAGGUCUUGCCAUGAGACCUUGGGUCUUCAUAACUCCAGUGAACGUGACCUUCGCCGAGUGGAAGAAUAACCAUCGCAUGCAGUUUAAAGGACUCAACAAGAACUUACCACGUAAUGUCCACGUUCUCACGUUGGAGCCGUGGAAGGAGGGUCAGGUUCUUCUGAGGUUGGAACAUUUAUUCGAAAUCGCGGAGGCGAAGGACCUCUCAAAGGCCGUAGAAGUCAAUCUUCUGGAUCUCUUCGCGAAUUUGGUCAUUAAGGAAGUGAGGGAGACGACUUUAGGGGCUAAUCAGUGGAUUGAAGACAUGCAUCGUCUAAAGUGGGUUAUUCACACAAACGAAGUUCAUGAGGAACUUGAAAAGCAGAACGGAACAUUGCCAGUGGUGAAUGGAACGAUGGUUGUGCUUCUCCGACCGAUGGAGAUUCGCACCUUUAUCAUCUCCAUUAAGUAGUGCUGCAUUACGAUAAGGGCCUUAGGCCCUUCCCCUCGACGAAGGAUGGAAAUAAAAAAUAUUUAUAUUGUAUUUGCCUGCUCAAAUCAUUGUAAAUAAAGUCAAGAACAGUUGAAAGUCACGUCAA